GGAGGUGGUCCGGAGGCAGCCGAAGAUGAUCCCGACGUAGUGACGCAAUCAACGAGCGACGACUGCUUGAAUUGUUGUUUCUUCAAAUCGUGAUCAGUCCAACUCAAUUUAUAUCAUAGAUAAGUUUCCCACUUUUUAUAAUUAGAAGACCCUGGUGUUAUGAUUCCAAACAGAGUCCACCUAUAGAGUAACACAAAAAUCUCUUCAUGUUCGGAUCAAUGACCACUAUGGUGGAAAAGGCUUGAGGACAACUGUAUUCCUACAGACCAAAAGUACUUCAAGGAAGAAAAACCUGGAAGGAAGAGUCAAUAAACAUCAAUGAAGGAACAAACCACAACAUCUAAAGUUUAGAGGACCACGGGUAAAGGAGAGGACAGGAGUGCGGAGAGGGUGAGUUGGGGAUGGGGUUGAAGAGCCAUAGGAGGACGUCAUGGUUCACAGCAGCUCUGCAUCCCCAAUGACAACAACAUCAACUCAUUUAACUGUUCCUGCUUCAGUACCUUCUCUGCAAGCAGCUCCCCCUCAGGUGCCUCCACCUGGAGAUACUACAGAUCAAGACCUAACUCAGAACCCUUCUAAACCCCUCCACACAGACCUUACUUCCAACUCAGAAUCAACACAGCCCUCUACUCCAAUUCCUGCUGAUCCCAAACCCCAUGUUGUAAUCCCAGCAGAAGCCCUUACUACUCUUUCAAGCCCAGCAUCAGCCUGGUCCGCUAAACAGACACGUACCGGUGCUCGGGGCUUAGUUAAUGGCCGUACAUCUGGCAGGAAGAGGACUCCUAAAGCCUGUGACUGCUGUGGCCCCAACAGUGCAGGACACAAUGCAAAAACUUCAGGCAGAGGAAAGGGGAGGGCCAGAGGAAGGGUGCCUAGUAGGGACCUCGGGGACACCCCAAAAAGAAAAGUGGAUGGCCAGCUAACAAGGUUAAAGUGUUUAGAUUUGACCAAGGAGGCAGUUAAGGAAGAAGAGGAUGAAGAUGACAGAUAUGAGAAGGUGCAAAGAACUCUAGUCGUUGCUGAUACUGAGUCAGAAACUCCUGCUGCUCUCCCCUUAACAGUCUGCCUGCAGGAGGGACCAAUAAGGAACUGUGUUGCUGCAGAGAAAAAAGAUGGGCAGAUUAAGGGGGAUAUGUUGAUAGAAGGGUUAGGUGGGAAAGUAGGCAGUAACAGCAGGGAUGUUGAAAUGCAAGGAAUGGCAGGCAGGGGAUCCCCGUUAGUUAGAGGGAGAGUCGACAGGGGAAUAGUGAAAGCUACAUCUGCAUCAAAAAUGGAAGUAGAUGGUGAAAUAAAGUGGGCCGGUUUAAGUGGUGUUGUCAUUCAUUCAAAAAUCCAUGCAAUAUCUCCAGUAAUUUUAGCGCAGAAGCAGGGUCAAAACAAAGAUUCAGAGAUGGUACACGGAGACACAGCUGACUCCAGCUCAGUUAAAUUUCCUGUCUCAAAUGGAGACACUGUAAACCUGAGUGACACUGAACCUGAGGAGGAGGCGAAAGAGGGUUGCAUGAUGACGAGUGCAACGAAAAAUGGACUUGUAUCUAUCUCACUGCUGUCCAGUCCAGCUUCAAUCUCAGGGUCUCCCAAGGACCUGGACUCUGAGAUGCUGGUGGACAAGACACCUGACAGAACUGUACCAGUAACUCUGUCCAAUGGCAAAGACACCUCUUCAACAAAUGACCACUGCUCCACACUCAUGGAGGUGGAUGCUUCUCAACCAGCUCUGGUCGCUCCUUCGUUCGGGGGCCCAAUCACAGUGAGCAGCAUGCAGCACAGCUGGGCAUUAAGAGACCACAGGCUGUACUGUCACUCUGAAACCUGGGACAGGGAGGGGAUGGAAGAGGUGUGGGGCAUAGAACCGUCAGAACAAGUGAUAGAUGGAGGGAGACAGAAUAAAGAAAGCCUGGAGCAGCUUACGGAUAUGAUCCACGAGUUUCUGGAGAGCUUUUACAUGAAGUAUGGAAGUUUUAAUCCUCUCAGUGAAACUGAUGUCCUGGAACACCUGAAGAAGAAAGGCAACACUCACCUCAGCAAGUGGGGACUGGACAUCAAAAGGGAGAUGACUCGGUAUAGGGCAGGGCUGGCCUCUGCUCCUAUCGCAGGCUUCAUGUUGUCGUAUAACAAACACACCCUGGGCCUGGAGGACCUCAGCACACUGGAGGAACAAAACUGGCUUAAUGACCAGAUCAUCAACAUGUAUGGAGAGCUCAUCAUGGAGGCGACACAACAAAAGGUUCAUUUCUUCAACAGCUUUUUCCACAAGCAGCUCGUUGCCAAGGGUUAUGAGGGUGUGAAGAGAUGGACUAAAAAAGUUGACCUGUUCUCCAAGUGGCUGCUGCUCUUUCCCAUCCAUUUAGAAAUCCACUGGUCUCUCAUUACGGUCACCAUGGCAACCAAAACCAUCAGCUACUAUGACAGCCAAGGCAUCGUCUUCCGACACACCACAGAUAACAUAAUGAAGUACCUUCAGUCGGAAGCCAGAGAGAAGCAGCAGACAGCUUUCCAGAAAGGCUGGAAGAUUACCAUCAUCAAGGGCAUUCCUCAGCAGAAAAACGACAGCGACUGUGGAGUCUUCGUCCUCGAGUACUGCCGCUGCCUCUCAGUGAAGCAGCCUCUGCUCUUCAGUCAGGAGGACAUGCCGCGCAUACGCAAGAGAAUCCACAAGGAGCUGUGUGACUGUCACCUUAACGAUUGAUCAACUGAUGGACGGUUGCCUUCACUCACUGGCUGCUCGCCUGGUCACAUGAGACAGUCUGUCUAUGUCUGUCUUUGACAGCCUGUUACAUAACCGCUAACACAACCGACCUUCUGUAUUCUAGGGAGCUCUGCCUGCUCCUCUCUCUGUCUGACUGACAGCUGACGGUUGCUCUUUGGGACUUAAAAAGUUCAAAAACAUCCUGUAGCUAAGCAGAUUUUUACUUGCAAAGAACUACUGACGUGGCCCCCUACUGACCACCAGAAAUGCUGGACCUGUGACCAUCAGGUUGUUUUAUGUUCAAUUUCAAGUUCCUUUCGCAGUGGAUUUCAACCAAAUGCACACAGCAGAGGUCUGACUGAAGACACAGCCGUUGGACCAGCCUAGACCAACGGGACCUUCCAUCGCGAAAGGAGUGGCCUUAUCUCUUAGAUGGCCAUUUUGACCUGAAUGAUAUUUUUGACUGUUUCAUGUUGGACUUUAUGGCAGUACCAUACUUAAAAUUAUGUAUUCUUUUUAACAUGAUGAAUAAAGAUAAGAUGUUUUUAAUUCAGUGGAUCAUUGCUCACUAAAAACUUGAAGGUUUAAGUUGGUUUCGUUGGACUACAGAUAUUUGCACGGUUAGAGGCCUAACCCUUGAAGACUGUAUAACAACAACUGAAUGUACUGAUCAUGUAUUCUUCCUGGUUGCCUCAAAGGGUGGCGCUCCAAACAGGCUAAUAGCACAUGCUGGCUUGAUACAGGGAUAUCAUUUUGCAAGGUUGUUUUCAGGUUUUUGACAUCAUAUUAAAAGUAGUUUCUUAUUAAAUUCCAGUUUUACACCACAUUACUUCUUGCUUUUGUGUUUCGCUGUGAUCGCAUCUUUAUGGUUUUGCACAUGCUUUUACCUGUAUGUUCUGAUGAAAGCAACGGUUUUACUUUUUUAAUCCACCAAUUUCAUUAAAAAACAGUUUCUCAUGCUGGUUAGAAGAGCUGUUCUGCUCUCUGCUGAUGUUGACUUUAUGUUGUGGAGGCCUCCUGCUUCACAUGGACACAUUAACACAGGUUAAGUGUGUGUGAGUAUCCUGUUAAGAGAAGAGGACCUCAAUUAUUUCAUAUUCGGUCCAGCCUGAUCCUUUUGUUGUAUAGAGUUGUAUUUGUCAUGCGUAUUUACAGAUUUUAUUGUACUCUUACUGCUCUACUACUGUACAUGCUUGCUUUGGCUAAAACCCACGAUUGUUUCUGGACUGUUUUUAUUGUUGAUAUUAAAAGUCAGAUAUGCUGAUAA